CUGUCAGCGAGGAUGUGGUGAGCAGUCAGUCCUCGAAACCGACCUUUAGAUCCUUGGUCACAGUGGGCAGUUCCUAGGGCCGUGAGCCCACCCCGGGGAGGGGGGGGUGGGUAUGGGGGGGUGGCAGUGUGGCCUGGUGGGCAGGGAGCCCCUGGCUGGGGUGGUUCAGGGCUGGCUCUGUUUACCAGGAAGCAGAGGGAAGAAUCUUGCCAGACAGGUUUGCCUGCUGUAGGGGCCCCCGUGCCCACAGCCCGGCCUCCUCCCCGCCCCCUUCCCCCUCCCUCCCGGCCUCCCUCUCCUCUCUGUGUUUCUCUCCCUCUCUCUGUUUCUGUCUCUGAGCAUCUCUCUGUCUCUGUCCCUCUGGCUUCGGGGACUGUGCCCAUGCUGUCCCCAGCGGUGCGUGGGGCUCUGGGAGCGAGGGAUGCUGGAUCUUGUCGGCACCAGAGCACAAAGUGGUCUUGCCCGAGUGACUCUUUAGUUUUGUUGGAUGAGGGUGGAAGGCUGCCGUGAGGUCCACGCCAGGCAGGAGGCUAACGGUGCUGGUGAGCGGGAGUCUCCCGUCCACAAGAUUGCUUUCGAGUGUCAGUGGUGCUGUUUGGGCACCAGGCCCUCUGGCUUGCUCCCCCAGGGGGAAGCCGGGAACUGCCUUCGCCUCGCACGGGAGCGGCAUGGUCGCUGGCACCUGGGCACGCCUGGGAGGAGGCCGGCACGGUCCUGCCGCUGGGGCAGGGGUUGCUGGGGAUGGUUGUCCUUCAGGCCGCGUCCACCGGCUGCCGAGGCCCAGCCCGACUGGCCCUGCUACCACCCCCUGAGGCACUUGCCGAGAGCCCCUCGGCCCCGGGGGAGAAUCUGUGCUGCUGACCAGUGCUCGUCAGGAGGAAAGCAGCACACACCGUGAGGGCAGCUCCCUCCUGGGGCCACCUGGUCCCGAGACUCCUCUGUCCCACUUUGCAGGGCGGCAGGAGGCUCAGCUGAGAGGGGGGUGUCCACAGGGACAUUCUGGGGAAGCCCCGAGCCAUCCUGGGACUCGGUGGCCAGGGCACUGGUGAGAGCCCAGCCCGGGGCGGGCUCCAGCGACAGGGCACAGUGGUCCUCAGCAGGCACUGACCUCCAGGGACAGACAUGGGGCCACCUCGCAGGGCCCUGGCUGCUCGCUUGCUGCUCUGGCCCCGAAGGCUAGCAUCUCUGAGCUUCAUUUUCCUCAUCUGUCUCGGAGUGACCGUAGCACCUGCCACGUGGGCCGGGUGGUGAGGGAAGGGUGCCCAGGGGGUCUGGUAAUGACCUGUUGGCAGUCGCCUUUCUGGCCCCUCCCACGUCCCCUCCCCCAGGUUGCCACAGGCUGCAUCCCUGGGGUGGGGACGGGGUUGUGCUCCUGGCUGGAUGGGGCGGGUGUCCCCCUCCUGACUGUGACGCUCCAGGGGCUCCACGGGUCACAGGGCGAGGCCUUUUGGGAGCUGACUGGUCAGGCCUGGCCUGCAGGCAGGCAGCGGUGCCUGACAGGUGAGGGUAACUGCUCCCGAGGGUGGCAUCCCGCCCACGGAGGGCUGAGUGCCCCUCCAGAUGGGGGUCAGAGGGUGCACAGCGUCAAGGAGGGCCUCCCUUGUGAGUCACGUUCCCCAGACUUGUGCGUAAUCACGUGCAGGAAGGUGCUGAGAAGGGGCAAGGGCCCCACAGCAGAGUGCCUGGUGAGGAAGCUGACCUGGACUAGGUAUCCAGGGAGGCUGCCUGGAAGAGGCGACAUAUGACUGAGAACGGAACGGUGAGCUAAUCGUGAGCUAAUAGGGCGAGUGCCUGUGGUGGUAGGAAUCUUGCACUUUCCAGGGUGGGGCAGGAGGCACACAGCUUGGGGAGGCCAGCGCUGCAGCCUUGUCCUGAGAGCAGAGGGUGCCUUGGGGGCAUGUUAGGCAGAGGGGUGAGUGGCCCCAUUCUGACUGGAAAGACCCCUGGCUGUGGGGUCAGGGGUGGGGAGGUGGACAGGAGGGGAGGGGACAGAGCAGGGAGCGGGGAUCUGAGGCCGGAAGAGACCAGCCAGGGAUGCUGGUUGUCGGCUCCCGGAACUUGGGGACCACGGUGGCCAGUGUCUGAGUGCCCGAGUCUCGGCUGGCAGGCCAGCACUCAGAGCAAUGUUGGACCUGGGGUCGUGGAUCCGUGGAAUGAUCUAGGCCCCACGGGAUGGCUGCUGGAGGGGAGGAAGCUUUGGUGCAGCGGAGAGGCAGAGCAAGGUUACGGGGUGUGAGGCCUGGCGGGGGCCCGGAGAUGGGGACUGGGCAGGGAGGUGGAUGGCACAGAUGGGAUGGGGCCUCGUCCAGCCUGCUGGCCCCACACGGGGAGAGGGUCGACGGUCAUUAGGAGCGUGCCCCGCGGGGCCCAGAGCUAUGGGGACAGGAGACCUGGGUCCCGGGGGCCCUGAGAGCACCCUCUGUGCAGCACUCGGAGCCCAGGGACCCUACUGGGCAGAGCCGGGUGGGGGACGGGCUGUUGGCAGUGUUCCGCUGAGGCGUGGGCCAGGCUCCGCGGUACCUGCAGGGGGUGGGGGGGUGGGGACAGAAUGCCGCGCGGGGUCCCUCCCUGCUUCUAGGGCCAGUGGGACACUCCCAGGCUGCAUGUGAGCUGGAGGGGCCCCAGCGCGCCCCUUUCUGCCUGAGCCGCCAGAGUGUUGGAAGGCAGGGAGCUUUCCAAGGUCACAGAGCAGCCCCCUCGAGGGGCCAGGAACUGGGUUUCCGCUUCACUGAGCGAACGGCGUCUGGAGGGUUAGCUGCAGCCACGGUCCCGAACGACCACAUGCGGGGCCACCGGAAAGAACAGAAAUUUAUUCUCCUGGCUCUGGAGGCCAGAACCCCAAACUGCAGGCGUCUGCAAGGCCCUGCUCCCUCCGGAGGCCCCAGGGGAGGAUCCUUCCAGCUCCUGGGGGCUCCCAGAGUCCCUGGGCUGGUGACCGCACCGGUCACAUGGCCUCUCCUGCUCCUCAGUGUCCAGUUUCCCCCUGCCCCCCUCCUGCAAGGACCCCAGGGCAGCCGCGCGAGAAAGCCAGCGUUUCCUCAUCAGAGCCCUUAAUGUGGUCACACCGCAGCACCUUCCCUGCAGAGGGUGACAGUCCCCUUCCAGGGGUGGGGCCUGAAGUCCUCGGGGCCCCAGUUGCCCAGUGUCCCCUCUCAUCUGGUCAGCAGAUGUUAGGGGCCUGUGCGUCCACUCAGCUUGGUUCCCCCAGCCUCGUCCUUGACAGGCCAGCUGGGCUCAGGGACGGGUCAGCGGGUGGUGAAGGGGACUGGAGCCUGACGGGGUUGUGUGGUGCUGUUCCGGAAGGAUCCACCGCCCCCCCCCCCCCCCCCCCAGGGAGGCUGUGCCUGUGGGCGGUGGGUCCUUCAGGCUGGAAGUCUGCGUACAUGUGCUGUGUGCUGGGCCGGCUGGGGCAGAAGCAUCCGGACCCCGUGUCCAGGGUUUCACUUUCCUUGUCUGUCGUGCCUUCGAGAGCAGGGUGCUUGAGCUGCGAGCCCCAAACCGACUUUUCUCUUUUCCCAGCUGUAAAUAAAAAGGUGCUUCCGCGUCUGGAGAUGGGUUUUCAGCUGACUUCCUGCACUGCUUUCAGGGAACACAGGUUCUCCGCGAAGGUUACAAUUAUUUUGUUCCCGGAGGAAACUAAGGCCUGUAAUUCUGAGAAUUCUGAGCUUGCUGUGGGCGCGCAGGCCCUGUCCGACCUCCCCCCUGCCAGGGCCGUCCUCUCCGCUUCUUCUGGGCAGUGCCCUGAGUGCAGGGUGGCCAGGCAGGGUGCAGGUAGGCGGGGCGGGAGCAGGGGCAAGGCUGUGCUGGAGACUCACGUGUUGGCAGCAGGUACCUGGAGCAAGGGGGCUUCUCCUGACUUCGGGGAGGGGCUGCCUGUACCCCCAGGGAGAGCACGCAUCGCUCUGGAUGUCAUUGCUUCCGUGCCCCUGCCCCCCCCCCCACACCCGCUCUGAAUAUUCACCUCUGGCUCCACGCAGCUUCAGCACCCCUGGACCCGGCACCUGCCCUGGGGUCAGAGGUCCAGGGGUGCUCGGGGAAGGGCCCACAUUCUGCACACGUGUGCCGUGGGACUCGAGCAGCACCACCUCCACCAGGGCCCCAUCUUCUUCAGAAUCACUGUCCAGGUCUUUCCUUAGCAACCCUCAGUGACGCCCUGGGCAUCCCGUAACCUUUGGAUGCAGUCUUGCAGGACAGAUCGGCUCCCAGCACUCUGCAGAGUGCCCAGGGAACUUUCACAGCACACAACCUCGUGGGACAUACUCACUCCCGUCAAUCUGUGCAAUGAUUGCCCUUUUGGGGCUUCUGUCACUCCGUCCCCAAGGGCUAUCCCGGCAGGUUAGCUCAGCGGCUCCCAAGCCGUGGCCAUGCUUUGUACACAACCCAGGAUUCCGGCUCCUUUCCCGCCCACACCUGGGGCUGGCCGUUCCCCAAGGGGUCCUGUGUCCUCUGGAGGGAGGGGCAGCUGGUGAUCCCUCCCCCGUGGUUUCCAAGCAGAAAUUCCAAGCAGGAAUUUCUUUAGAAGAGAAAUCGACUUUGAAACUGAUUUUUCUUUUCUUUUUCUUAAAUUUUAAUGUUUAUUUAUUUUUGAGAGAGAGAGAGACAGACAGACAGACCAUGAGUGGGGAAGGGAGAGAGAGAGAGGGAGACACAGAGUCCACAGCAGGCUCCAGGCUCUGAGCUGUCAGCACAGAGCCCGACGCAGGGCUCGAACUCAUGAACCGUGAGGUCGUGACCUGAGCUGAAGUUGGACACUUCACCGACUGAGCCCCCCAGGCGCCCCACCACUGAUUUUUCUAAUCCAGAAUUUUUACUUCUUGGUUGUUUGGUUUGCAUUUCUGUUCUCUUAUGCAGAAAAUCUUGCUUGUUAAUGAAAUUCACAUGGAGUUGACUUUUGAACAACGCGGGCUUGACCUGCACAGGUCCACUUGUACACGGACUUUUUUCCGAUUAAUACACAGCAGUGUAUGAAUGUUUGUAAAUGUAAAAUUUUCUCUUCCUUCGGUUUUCUUAAUAUAACGUUUGCUUUCCUCUGGCCGGCUUUGUUGUAAGAAUACAGCAUAUAAUACAUACAAAAUAUGUGUUAACUAUGUUGCUGGCGAGGCUUCCAAUUAACAAUAGUUUUGGGGGAGUCAAAGUUUCACAUGGAUUUUUGACUGUGCCGGGGUGCUCCCAAUCCCUAUUUAGGGGUCAACGGUAUUAAUUUUCUAUGUAAAAGUUAAUGUGUAUGUACAAUUAGUCAAAUAUUAAAUAUAUGUAAACCAUAUAUUUGGCAUGUAACAUACCAGCUGUGUAAUAUAUGUGGAAUACUGCUACUGGGUGAUCAGUGGGGAUACUCCAAGGUUUCCUUAAGGAUCUUAGUGUCCUUGGGGUGGGGGCUAUGUGUCAAGUUCCUCUUUCCAAGUCAUCGAGACGGUUUCUUUCUUUGUGGUUGUUACGACCUACAGUUAGGGUUAUUUAUUUCAUUUUACGUUCCAUUUGUAGUUAUUCCUGUGUGUUUUGUAAUUACGUGCUCAUGGACGUGACAAGGGUCCCACGUCAAAUCGGUGCAACCAGUCCCAUCUGGAGACGUCUGGCUCCGCCCUGGCGCCCCCAGUGUUGGCUGAUCUUCCUGAGUUUGCGACAUAAGCGGGCACAGAUAUGGAGCCCCCUCUCCCCGCUUGGGCGGCCCCUUUGACAAGCCACCCCUCCAUUCUGUGCUGCCCUAUGUGGGCUCCGCCUCAGGUAAGUAAGUUCUUGUAAGUUCAGACCCUCGCAGCAGGGGCCCGUGGCACCGGGGAACGGGGCUGUGGCACCCCAUCCCACACCUGGGGACGCUGGCUCGCGGGAGGCAGCUGGGGUUCACCCCCAGCCGGGCCCUCCACUGCACAACCAGUACCCUUGGCCCCGCCUAGGCCUUGGGGAGAACUGGUUGCCUGAUGUGCCCACCAGCCCACAGCACCCCGGGCAAGAGAAGGUGCUUCCCAGCUGGAGGGGUAGCUGGAGUGGGGGAAGCCGCCCGGGAAGAGGAUCUGGGGCAGGUGGGCAGGUUGGCAUCUGCCCCGGGGCAUCUCUGGAAUAAGAACCCUGAGCUGGAGGCUCCCACGUCCACGUGGACAGAUCACGUGUAGCCCGGGCGCUCCUGGGGAUUCUGGACACCUCGACCUCAGCCCCGGGCCCUCCCCCCCAGACAGAGGGGGAGUACUGGGAGCGGGGCGCCUGGGCCUCCGGACCAGAGGGUUUGGGCCACGCAUCAACUUCCAAAUAUCCUGGGGAAACUCCUUCAAACCACAGUGGUGCAGCCCUCCAUCCUGGAGGAGCCGGCAUUUCUGAUACCCACAUUCCUGGGGGGAGUCCACUUCCGGUGGGCGUGACUGACCCUGAUUCUGAAGGCCUCCUGCCAGCGCGUCUGAAUUUCCCAGAGGAAAUAGCACUUCAGUGGCCUUGGGAUCCCCACACCUGGGCCGGGGUCUCUGUGGUGCUGCAGGAACCAUGGGGACCAAGCAAGUGGCUUCGGGCCCAGUUCUGUAGAGGAGGGUGCACGGGGGCCACAGCCAAGGCCACACAGGUCUCCGCAGGGUUGAGGGGGUGGCCGCGCUUGGCCAAGAGCCAAAGUCAAAUGGCAGAGCUCUGUGUGUGUGUGUGUGUGUGGCCCAUGGAAGGCCGUGUGCUGUGGGGCUCUUGGGGCUGGAGCGGGGUCACAGACCCAGGAUGUGAGCUUAGGUGGCCACUGUGUGGCAGGCACUUCUGAGGGACUGGGCCGUGGGGGGCAGGGGGGAGGGGUUGGUGGGGGUCUGCAUGGGGGCGUUCUGCACACACCAUCAGGAUGGUGGACAUCCGCGAUGCCCGGCCAGUGGCUGCCUCUCUUGCUUUGUUUUGUGACGCCUGGUGGUUCCCCCUUCUGCGUGUGGCUGCUGGCUGAUGUCACCGUGUUCAGAAGGCUUGUGGUUUGGGGAGACGGGCCUUCUUAGUUCUGGUCUUACGUGUUGGGAGCAGCAGCUCUGGUCGCCGUCACGGGACGUGGGACGCUGCCCAGCACCCGCCAUGCUGCCCACCCUCCGCCCACACAGCCCAGGCCCUGUAGGGAGAGGGGAGCCCUCCUGGUCACCCCCAUCUUCUCGACAAGCCCCAGCUGUGGACCCAGUCACUAGGGCACCAGCGACUCGGGCGGGCAGAGCGGCCUCGGCUGACCUUAACCAUGCGGCCCGUGGUGGUGACCUCGGGGCCCCGUGGGGGACACUCCUGAUGGGGGACAAGCUCUUGGGAGGUCAGCCCGGACCAGUGAGGGGCAGACAGGGGGGAAGGGGGAGGGGAUGUCCGGGCACUUGCAUGGUGGAGGUGGAGGCAGGGCCCUGCCCAGAGACCCCGGAGCCUGGGGUGGGGGUGAGGGGAGGCGGGGCAGCCGUGCUGGGCAUUUGGGUGUCUUCCUGCCUAGGAAGCCCCUGGAAGAACAAACUUUUCUGUGCAGCUGUGGCCGCCAGCAGCAGCCAGUGUAGUGAUCUCGCCUUUCCCAUUGUUUCCCGCAUUUUCCAGGGGGGCGGGUGAGAGGUACAGCAGGAGCUGGGGUGCUCUGGGGGGUCCCCCAGAACAUCCCUGCAUGACAAGGGACGGGUUCUGGGCCUGUUGGGCUGGGAGGAAGGAAGUGACCCGGCAGGGGUCCCGCACAUUCUGAGGGGGGUUUCCUGGCUGCUGGGUAUGAGGAGGGUGCAGGGGGCUCCCCCUUCUUCCCCAGAUUUCUCAAAACACCUGCUCUUCCCAUGGAGCCCGGCCAAGCCGGAGCGGCGGUGGGUGAGGGCACUAGGACAGACCCGUGACCACCCUGUUUGUCUUGUCGGGAGGGGGCCUCCUUGAAGGCCCCGUGUGGUGCACGAGACAGAAAGGGGCGAAAGGGGCGGGCUGGCCGCCACCUCUGGAGACUGUGGUGCGUUUUUCUAACGAGGAUCAGGGCUGAUGGAUGUUUAACGACAUCUCCAAAGGUCAUGCUGCUGACGGAGAGGGGCUUGGGCAGGUUUAAUUAUCUCCCGGGGUGGUGUGGUUCUCGCAGCGAAGCGUGCUUGCCUUUGAUGUGAGCCCCCAAAGCAUUCAACGGAAAGGGGCAGCCCGUGCGCCGAUUCCCGGGUGGUGCUGACCCCUCGUCCCCCAGCAGCUCCCGCUGUGACCGGCCGUGACCUCCCCGGAGCCCCCAUGCCCCUCCUCACCGUGUCUGCUGGGCCACUCAGCAACCUGAUCAUGGAGGUGUGGCUGCCCAAACCCCUGUCCAGGGUGGGCUAUUGGUCCCCUGUGCGGACGCCUGCAGAGGAGCUCAGCCUGGGUGGUUACAGCUGCUUCCCGGGCAGGGACAGAUGAAAAGGCAGAAAGAAAACGGUUCUGGGGGGAAUGGGUUUGUGCAACAGGCCGAGAUCUGGCCAGUGUUUCUCCCUAAGGGACUGUUCAUCUUGUUUGGGAUUUGCGUGCUCAGCGGUGCAGGACCUGGGACCCCACCUCGUCUGCCCAGAGCGCGCAGCGGCUGUGGGGGGGCGGGCAGAGCCCCAUCCAGCUCCCGCAUCCAUGGAGAGUGGCUGUCACCCUCGUCCAGCUUCCCUGAGACACGCCCCAGGCAGAGCUCACUGGGAUCAGCACGCUUCCCGUGACACAGUGACUUUGAGUCAUGUUCUUCUGAGAGACAUUUUCUUGGGGACCCUGAGUCAGGGCCUCUCUCUGGCCAGGGAAGGGACUGCCACCCCAGGUCAGAAACCCCUGCCCCUUGAGUGUAUGUUGCUCAGGCCUCCUCCCUGACGGGCCAGGGAACUGUGGAGCCCUCUGGAGCAGCCUUCCCUGCAGGGAGUGUGGUUGGGGCCGGGGUUGGGUGUUCAGGCCUGGACUUGGGGGGAGACUGUUUCCAGCAGAGGGCCUGGCAUCUCGGGGCACCUCGCUCCUGGGGCUCAGCCUGACGUCCGUCCAGCUGCACUGUGGUGGAGUCUACGACCAGGGAGGCCUAGGGCCCCAUGGGGUCCCCUUCUCAGGCCUUUUAGAGUCAGGGCUCCCCCUUGGGGACACCUCGAUUCCAGGUGUCUGUCCUCCAGGACAGAGAGGGGGUAACUGUGGUUUGGAGUCACCCGGUCUGGGGUGCUUUGUUCUGGUCACCCUGGGAUGUGGGUUUGCGUCCUGGCCUCGAGGCUUGGGUGAGUGACCUUGGACAGGGUCGGGAGCCUGAGCCCCUGUCUACAAGGCAGGGGUGGUGAUGGUCCCUCAGCCCUAAGCACCAGGGCCGUGGUCAUCUCCACCCUCACACCCCCCAUCCCCUCUCUGCACCCACCGCCCCUCCUGUCCCCCCGGGGGGCUGCUGGCCACCCCCAGAGCCCUGUGUCAGGGCCAACAUGGGUCUGGUUUGCUGCAGCCACUGAGAGAGCUUCUCUGCCGGUCACCGGAAUCCGGCCAUUUUGGACAGAGGAGGAAGGGCCGUCCCCUGCCCCCCGCCCAGCCGGGCCACUCACGGGGGGGGGGGGGGGGAUUGUUGCUGUCAGCCCUUCUGCCCCAGGGUCUUUCCUGGGCCCCUCGGGAACCUGACACCGGGUUGGGACCUGGAUGGUCAGUGCGCCUGAGCCUCGGUGAUGUCGCAGGGAGGGGCCACCAACCACGGACACCUGUCACCAGGGCAGCAGCCUUGUGUUGGAAGGUCUGGGAGGUCAGUGUCUUGUCCCCUCCACCCAGCCCCCGACCUGGGGCCAGCCGCGUCCUCCGGGGGGGUGGGGGGGUUUGCCUUGGGCUUAAGCUCCUCCCAGCCACCUGCUUGCACCACCUCUGUGCCCCUCUAGGGCACGGGUGGGUCCUGGGGCCUCCAGGCCAGCCCCCCAGGGCCGGUGUGGUGUGGACGGGGCUGACCUGGGCACACGUGUCCACACGCGCGUGCGCACACACACACACAGUUAUUUGGCUGAGUCCAGAUUCAGUGCUGGUGUUAGACGUCGCAGCCCAUCCGUGCAGAUACGCGUGAGUAAAUUUCAUUUUUGUUCAGCUCUAUUCUCUGCAGAGUUGAAUUUGCCUCAUUCUUUGGCUGCUUAGUUUUUAUGUUCUUCUCACUUAUUUGUCCCCAGCUAAGAGAGAUCAAACCCGUCAGGGCCUUCAGACGGCGACGAUCACUGUGUGAUGUGUGAACAGGCUUUGCCACCACACACGGGCCUAACGUGUCCCGGCUUUGGUGUUUCUUAGGAUUGUGUGGGCUCCUGGGCCGUGGCGCCCCUCCCCUGCCACGAUACGUCGGGUGCCCUGAGCUGUGUGUCUGUCUCUGUUUCUCUGUCUCUCUUUCUCCCCCCACCCCUUUCUUUCUCUGUCUCUGUCUCUCUCUCUCUCCCCCUCCCCCCCCCCCCCCCCAUCUCUCUCACACACACGCAGGGCCUCUCCGCGUGGCGGCCGAGCCUUCUCCCAGCGUGGCGGUCUCAGGGUAAUCUGGGCCUUGUCACGGCAUCUCCAUCUGGGGGUCUGAGGCAGGACCCUGGCAGCAUCGCUUCCGCUUGUUUGGUCCGAGCGCAUCGAGGGGGGGGUGGGUGGGGGAGCCCGGCCCCUCCUGGUGGGAGAGCAGCCGUCUGCGCCCUGUGGGCUCUCCUGGCCGGGCCGGACUGUCUCCUGUCUGCUGGACGCCAGCUCCCCUCGCCCUCCAGGACCUCCUGUGACCGUGUGGCCCUGCAGACCUGCCAUGUGUCCCUCCACCCCCUGACUAAAGUGCAGAGAACACAUUGCCCCCGGUCACCAGACUCGGGCCAGCUCCCUUCUGGCAGGCGUGGCUGCUGUCCCCGUGCGGGGCCGGGAGCCGGGGCCGAGGUGCCCGUCCAUCCCUCCGGCCGGGCCUGCUCAGGGAGACCUGGGAAAGGUUUUCUUAUUCAAGGGUCUGUCCCCUCAGCCCCAGGGGGCUCCCCCACACCAAGAGGGUGUGUCCCUCCAGAGGGUGUAGGUCACACAUUCUGACGGUGACACACUGGGGUCCCUCUGAGCUGUGAGCCCCAAGCCAUGUGCACAACCAUUUUAGCUCCCCAGUCCCCCUGGCCAUGAGGGGCCAGAAGGAUCUAGUGUCUCAUGGGGAGCCCCGUGGUGUGGGCUCUUGAGCCGUCAAGUGUCCUGCACCUUUUUCUGGGAAAUCCUGGGGCCCUGGGAGGUGGGAUGGACACGAGUGGGACAGGGGCCACCCAGGAGGUUCAGCGGGCACAAUGUGGCACCAGGGAGGCGAGAUUCCUGGGGUGGUGAGGGCCAGUGGGAGCUGGGGGGGUCCUUGCGGGUCCCUGGCGAGACAGAGUCUGAGCGGGUGCUCUGGACUGGUGGUCGGACCUCCAAGGGGCCUGUCCCCCAGCACUUGACCCCGAGGUAACCUCUUUCCCUCUCUGCUUCCCUCAAGGUCACCGACGGUGAGGGCACGGCUGUUCUGGAGCUUCUGACUUUGGGGGUGCCCUCCGCAUCACCUGUUCCGUCUGAGGGGCCCCGUGUGCCUUCUGGCCAGCUGCCUGCAGAAAUGCGCCAGGCCCACGGUGGCCAGCCUGCUGGGGGGUCCCCAGAGGGGAGCAGGUGUGUGUGGGGAGGAGGACAGCCCCCAGGAGCACCGCGGCUCCUCCCUGCUGAACGUCUUUAUUCCCCCGACUCAGGCUUUAGCUCCUGUGGUUUGUGAAGUUCCAGGAGCCCACGACGCCCUUCCUGCUGCUGCCUCGCCCACUGGGGCACCUAGCAGGGGCGAGGCCUGCCACCCCGCGUCCAGGUCCUGGGCCAGGCCCCCUCAGGCCCGCAGGCUUCCAGAAACCAGCUUGCACGUGUGGGGCGCUUCCUCCCCAAGCCCUCGGCGCGGGGUCUCUGUGCACUUGAGAACCCGGAACCUGCCCGGCCUCCCCCAUGAUCCUCCCAAAGCUGGGGGCCCGCGGGUGCCCUGGCGGUGAGGGCCUGGGGAGGGGAGCCACUCUGGGAAUGCGGGAGACUUCCAAAGGAAAACAGCUUGGCCUGUUGUUUGUAGGAGCUGCUCCUGUCUCCUUUCUGUCACUUUAAAGACCAAAAAGAAAAAGAAAGAAACAGAAAACGA